AUGUUCCCGAAUAAAAACUACGAGAGUGACAUAAAAUAUACGAUCGAAUUAAAUCGCUGUAUCUGUCGCUUAUUGGGUAUCUGGCCGAAUAUGAACGCGAGGACCUCGUUCGUCGAAAAUCUCAGAAACACCUUGCUGAUUCUGAUUUGCUAUGUCCUCCUCUGUAGCGAGUUAAUCCCGACGGUCCUCUAUAUAAUCAUCGUCGAGAAACGUUCUCGCAUUCGAUUGAAGCUUAUAUCGUCCGUGAUGUUCACAACGUUAGCGGUGCUCAAGUAUUGCAGCUUGGUGUUCAGCAGGAAUCGAAUGAGGAAUUGCCUGACGUGGGUGCAGGACGACUGGCGGAAUGUCGCGAGCGCGAAUGCUCGUGACUCCAUGCUCGACAAGGCCAAGAUCGCGAGGAACUUGAUUAUUCUGUGCGGUAUAUUCAUGUAUACGUCCGGCUUGUACUUCCGCACGGUGGUGCCGCUGAGCAAGGGAAAAUCCGUUACCGAUCAGAACAUCACGAUCAGAUAUUUGCCGUGUCCGAGUUACUUCGUUUUCUUCGACGGGCGGAUCAGCCCCGCUUACGAGAUCAUGUUUUUCAUGCAGUUCUUCUCCGGACUAGUCAAGUACACCAUCACAGUAUCGAUCUGCAGCCUCGCCGCGCUCUUCGUCAUGCACACGUGCGCACAGUUGGAGAUACUGAUGAUGUUGAUGGACAAUUUGGUAAAGGAGGAAGAAGUCAAGAACUUGGACAUGAAGCUGGCUGUGACAGUGGAAUAUCAGAUCAGGAUGCAAAGUUUCUUGCAAUUGGUGCAGAACACUUUGGAGCACACGAGUCUGCUGGAAUUGUUGGGAUGUACGAUGAUCGAGUGGGAAGAUCAAAAUGUUGUAGCGAUGGGCUCGUAUCUCGUUCUACUCACGUCAAUCGGAUUCAAUAUUUUUAUCUUUUGUUUUAUCGGUGAACAGCUCGCUACAGAGGGUGAAAAACUGUCAUUGACAGCAUGUACAUUGGACUGGUAUCGUCUUCCUGAUGACAAAGCAAGAGCACUAAUUUUAAUCAUGGCCGUAUCGAAUAACCCAGUAAAAUUUCGAGCUGGAAAGUUUGUUGAUCUUUCUAUUAGGACUUUCGGAGAUAUGUAG